AUGAUUUCCUUCGCGCCCCUUUCGGUGCCGCUGGAGCGGCGGCUGCAGACUCUAGCUGCGGUCCACUGGAUUUUCAGUUUCCUGGCUUUGGGCGUAGUCUGCACAGUCAUCUUCAUUGGGCUCUUCUUCACCCGCUUUUGGUUGCUUGGCAUACUCUAUUCAGUCUGGUGGUACCUGGACAGAGACACCCCAAGGAAAGGUGGGAGACAGAUCCAGGCCGUAAGACGAUGGUGUGUAUGGAAGUACCUGGCAAACUACUUUCCUAUCUCACUCAUCAAGACAGCGGAGUUGGACCCAACCCAGAACUAUAUUGCAGGCUUCCACCCCCAUGGUGUUCUGGCUGUUGGAGCCUUUACCAACUUCUGUACUGAAAGCACCGGUUUUUCUUCUAUAUUUCCUGGGAUCCGCUCCCACCUGAUGAUGCUGACUUUGUGGUUCCGAGUUCCCUUCUUCAGGGAUUAUAUCAUGAGUGGAGGUCUAGUCACAUCAGAGAAGGAGUGUGCCUCAUACUUGCUGAGCAAGAAGGAAGGUGGAAAUUUGCUGGUGGUCAUCGUGGGAGGGUCCCAGGAGGCUCUGGACGCUCGGCCUGGAAGCUACACACUACUACUGAGGAACCGGAAAGGAUUUAUUAAACUGGCUAUGCUUCAUGGGGCAGCUCUGGUGCCAAUAUUCUCCUUUGGGGAGAAUGAACUCUUUGACCAAGUUGACAAUCCGCAGGGGUCCUGGCUUCGCUGGACCCAGGACAAACUGCAAAAGAUCAUGGGCAUCUCCCUCCCACUCUUCCAUGGCCGAGGGAUCUUCCAGUACAACUUUGGCCUGCUCCCUUACCGGCAGAAAAUCAAUACUGUGGUGGGGAAACCUAUCAAGGUGGAGAAAAAUACCAACCCAUCCCAAGAGGAAGUGGACCGUCUGCACCAGCAUUACAUGACAGAACUGUGCAACCUCUUUGAAGCCCACAAGACCAAAUACAAUGUACCCCUGGACCAGCAGUUGGAAUUCCGAUGA